UGUGCAAUUAGGACACUAUAGUCUGCUGUGCUUUGGUUUCAGCUACAAUUUUGAGCCUGUGAAGUUCUGCUGGACAAAAAACUAGUAAAAUCUUGUUUAACUCAUCUUCGAGGCAGAUUGCAUGUAAAGUGAAUUGUACCAAUGAUGGGAGAAUCCAUUCCGUGAUGGUAACUUUAUCUUAGCUUGAAUUAUGGUAGUUUUGCUGCUAAUUUGUUUUUAUUGUUAGGGGAGAACAUAAAAGCAUGACUUGUAUUGGAGUGCAAAUCUCGGAAAGAGAAAUAAAUAAAUACUUUAAAUGGAGUGUGUAGAAACAAGUAUGAAUUUUCUGUUAAUAAGUGGAGAUGAGCGUGAUGCUAACUAAAACAUGUGCUGGAACAAAAUAAGCUAACUUGCUUAAGGUUGGGUUAAGACACCUCUUCUUCAUUGGUCUGAAGUUGAACUCUCGGAUCUCUGUGCAGUUGCAUCAUCUAAUUUAUAUUGUAUACUCCAAAGACCUAUUAAAUUUUCCUGUUGGAGAUAACUUUUCAAACUUCUUCCUCUAAACAACUGCUACAUUAUUAUUUGAAACUUCAAGUGCAGAAACCGGAACGCCAGGCUCAAAUAUUUGCAUGCGCCAGUUUUACUCCACAAGCAACCAUUGGUACUGGUUUUAACUCGGGAUGUUUCAGUCAUCUCUUUCUUUUCUGUUGGAGCGUGCUGGUAUUGUUUUAACCCCACCUUCCGACCAACUGCAUCAAACCAGCCAACAUUUGUUAGUCGAUGGAGCUUUCCCUCCAACUCAGUUGCCCAAUUCUGCUGCCACUAGCAAUAGAAUUAGCACGGCCGAGGUUCUUAUUCAGAUUGCUGAAUCUGUAUACAGUGAUCAUCAUGGGAUAGGAAGAGAGGAGCAAAAUAACGAAACAUCAGAUAGUGAAACAAGUACUGAUAAUGGAAGUACAACUGAUGAGAGAUUUGAUUUAGUGUCUUCUCCUGCAUUAGCUCCUCGUUCUAACCGUAUAAGCUUGAUUGGGGAUGUUGUCUGGGAUGGGCAAGAUUCUUCUAUCCAGGGUACUGAGUUGCACCACAUUGGCAGAUGGAUUGAGCAAAUUUUUCCAUUCUUCUUGCUGUUGCUAGUUGUUUUCAUUCGUCAACAUUUGCAAGGAUUUGCUGUUGCAAUCGGGAUUACAGUUAUACUUCUCAAGUCAAAUGACAUUCUGCAAAGACAAGUUGCUCUAAAGGGAGAUAGCAAGAUCUAUGUUUUUGCUCUGAUCUCCAUAUUUGGCAUCCUUUAUGUGAUUGGUCUUUACUAUUGUUAUCGAAAUGAUGAUCUUUUGCCUCCAUUGGUCAUGCUCCCUCCAAAAGUCUUACCACGUUUUCGGACUGCAGUAUUCAUCAUCAUAAUAAAUGAUGCAUUGGUUCGACAGGCAGCAAUGACUUUCAAGUGUUUACUGUUAUUGUAUUACAAGAAUGGUGGUGGCCUCAAUUAUUACCGGCAGGUGAAUGAUGUGAUGCCCUACAAAGGUCAAAUGCUAACGUUGGUUGAGCAUAUGUUGCUGUUGUACCGCACCAUGAUACCAACGCCUGUAUGGUUUAGAUUCUUGUUGAACAAAGAAAAUGGAUGCCUCUUCUCAUCACUGACGACAGGGUUUUAUUUAACAUUCAAGAUUACUUGUGUAAUUGAAAAGGUAAAAUCCUUGCUUGCAGCCUGGAAGGCGUUAUCACAAAAGGAAGUUCAUUACAGAUCAUAUGCAACUGCGGAACAGGUAAGUGCAGCAGGCGAUCUGUGUGCCAUUUGCCAGGAAAAGAUGUAUUAUCCUGUAUUGUUGCACUGUCGACACAUAUUCUGUGAAGAGUGUGUUUCAGAAUGGUUUGAGAGAGAAGGGACGUGCCCAUUGUGUUGGGCGUUGCUGAAACCGAGAAAUGUGAGGUCAUUUGGGGACGGGUCAACAAGUAUAGUAUUCCAGUUGUUUUGAAAUAUCUGGAUCAAAGUGGAUGAUUGACAUAAAUAGAGGUAGGAGGGGAACAAAUGGGAUAAUCCAUUUAUGUAUAAAGGUGCUGCAUUUCUAUCUCUGCAUGGGACCCUCAUUGAUGGUGGGAGAUAGAUAUUGGUAGUAAUAUAAUUAGGUUUUGGUGGCAAGUUGUUUUGUGCUGUCGUACAAAAAGCUGGUGUAUUGGUAAGAAGAGAUUAAAAGAAAGAAAGAAAAAUAUGUGCGUAUGACUUUGCACAAAGUUAGCCUGAAAAUGGAAACAGUAUGAUGAUGGCAACUCGGACCUUAAUCUGCAAAGGACCACAAAUGCAGUGUGAGUGAGGCAGGAGAGGAAGUAAUAAAUAGAAAGAUGACUUUCAUUGUUACCAUUUUUGAAUUCAGUGCAGUCUCACCCCUGUAAUGUCCAUCUAUCACUCUCUAAAUUACUCAUUUGUGAUUUGAAUAGAAAAAUAUAAAAUAUAAGAUUCUCUCAUACAAUGAUCAACUAUAUAUAUUUUUGCUGAUAAGAAUGUGUGUGUCUGCGUGUGUGAGCAAGGUAUAGUGGAUUAAUAUUUGAUGUGAAUAAAAUAAGAGAUGCAUGAAAAAUGUUUGGGGAAAGUUGGAGUUGCAUAUCCUAAUGAAAGUGGAGGAAAUGAUGGAUGAAUGAGGAGAUGAGAGAGAGGCAGUGAGGGAUCUGCCGACUCAUUGAUUCAAGCUAAAUAUUGGACCUCUUUUUCUGUUUCUUUUCUUCUUUCAUUUCCUCAUACAUACAUAUUGCUUCAUCAUUCACUAAUUAUAAUAUAGUAUAUCAUAUGCCAACAAAUGCUUCUAUUCCACCACACCCUAUGCUUCCCAAUUUUCAUUUCUUCUUAACACAACUGCUUACAUCUCUUUCUACCACUUUAAUACUAUUACUAUACAAAUUCCUCUCU